AUGCUUCUCUUCGGAGUUCUCGCCGACGCUGAACCUCCACAUGAUCCAACAAACCACAUUCAAGUGGAAGAGUGUCUCGAUCCGGAGAAGGAGUGUAGUUACAGAGGCGUGAGGAGGCGACCAUGGGGGAAGUACGCGGCUGAGAUACGUGACUCCACACGAAACGGGGUUAGGGUAUGGCUGGGGACAUUUGACACGGCGGAGGAGGCGGCUCUGGCGUACGACCAAGCGGCGUUUGCCCUCCGUGGUUCUGCAGCGGUCCUUAAUUUCUCGGAAGAAUUGGUUUAUGAAUCUUUAAGAAAGAUGGGGUACAAAUACGAGGAAGGUAGUUCGCCGGUAUUGGCACUAAAGAAAACACACACCAUGAAGAGGAAAUCGACGAUGAUGAAGAAGAAGAAGGAAAAGAGACACGCUAAUCAUAUUGGUGAUCAGAGCAACAGCUUGAAAGGUGCUCAAUAAAGGCGAUGCCAUUAUGAGAUGAUUUGGUAUCGACCUAAUUAGGUCCCACGCAAUUAACACCGCGGGAGGUAGUUAAUGAAAGCUCAUGAAAUCAUGGAAACGGUUCAGGCCAGGUUCAGGAAGGGAUCAAAAACCCUAAAGCUUUCAUUGUUUUCAUCCAACGUGUCAGAACUAACAAGGGUGAUCAGGUCGAUCGAUUGGCAAACUUGAUCUCUAAGGUUGGAUUUUUUUCCCACUUAGACAUGUAGAAGUAUUGAUCGGUUGCUCUAGGUCUUUCCACAAAUCUUAUUUGUUUAUGAAUUAUAUUUUAAUUUUGUAUAUCUAAAACAAAAAGUAACUUUUUUAUUUAUAAAUAAAGUAUAUAUAAUACUGAUAAGGGAUAAUGACUUGAAAGGGUAACGAACUUUCGAUUUUUGUCACAUUUAGUCAC